AUGGAGGCUGUUGCUGAAAGUUACUUUACCAGCGGUGACAUGAAGGCGGCGGCCACAUUUUACUGCAAUCUGAUGGUAUUGCAUCCUAGGUACGUGAAGAUGGCACGUAUAUGUAGAGUUCUGGCGGAUCCCUCCGCGGUCCCCCAGCCACACCGGUACGCAGACAUCGUGGAGGCACUUUUAGAGCCCACCGUCACCCAUGAGGCCCUCUUUGGUGUCGAUGCGAGUCCUGCAGACAUCAACAAGGCCUACCAGCGCUGGACACUCUUGGUGCAUCCGGACAAGAACCCCUACCCAAGGGCAGGGGACGCCUUCAAGCGGCUUUUUACUCUCAAGACGAUGGCACUCGAAACCGCCAACGCGAUGAAGGAGAGGAAAGAUUAUGAAAAAUUAUUGCACGGCGGUAGAAGACGUGGGAGAGGGAAUUCCAAUAAAAAGUCGGAUGCUCCCGCAGCGCGAAGUCGACAUGAUGCGAACGCAUCCCUCUCCGUACAGUCAUCGGUGAUUGACAUGACGCUCUCCGAGUUGAAGAAGAAACAAGUCAUCCUAAAGUCUUUGAAGCGAAAGGACAUUGAUGACAACGAGCUCCCGGAAUUAAGGGCCGCUCUCCGUAGAGUGCGGGAACGUCGCUUCUGCUCGCGUCCCACAACGCCGUCGGUAUUGACAGCCCCAUGCAUGACGACACCGUCACUCUCACCAGAGCAGUCCGUCUUGUCCACCGCUUCAUGUCCGCCGCACGGAUUCCACCCCGCGACGGAAAAGCAAAAAUCGCUGACGCCUCCACCGCUUCCAAAAAUAGGCACAUUUCUGAAGACAGUGGCUUUGGACGAACAAAUACAAAGCAGUUCAACCGUCAACUCUUCGCAGUGUGUGCUGUCCGACACGGUUUUGGAGGAGCAACUAGAAGAAUUAUCCACUGAAGAAGUCCGCCCGGGCCAAGAACAAACCACGACUGACGUGGAGACGGAGUUACCUGAAAAUGAAGAUGUAAAGACAUUGAAUGAACAAAAUGGAAUAGAGAACACAUGUUCUAUCAUUCGGAAACCACAAAUUGCAAAUUCCUCCUCGUCGCCGCCCGCGUCGGUGACGGAUGACGGUGUGCCGCUCAAAGAUGCGGUCAAGGGAAGUAUCAUUGAGUUGAUUCGAGGCAUUCAAGAGAUGAAGGUCAACCGAACAAAUCUUAGGCUGAGUUGUGAUCUCACGUUUGCCACAUAUGAACGGGAGAAGCAACAGCAGAAAAGAGAAGCUGACAUGAAAGAGAAAUUUGCAGAAUGA